AUGUCAGGCCAUCAAGUAUCAUCUUCCGAAUUAAGCCCGCAAAUAAGUGAAGAAGGAGGUCAACUCAAAACAAAGGCAACAGCAUUUAAAAAUCGCAUCGACACAAAUGAAGCGAAUUCGACAACAAAAUUAAGUGUAGAGUCUGAACUUGAUGGAUCUCGAGGUUAUGGUAAUUUGGAUUAUGUAGUUGAAAUACAAGAUGUUCCUAUAUUGAUUAAUGAGGCCAAGAAGCAAGAUAUGGAAAAGGAAAUUGCUCAAUAUUUGGUUCAAGUUUAUACUGCAGCCGAGGUAAACCUGAAGUAA